UUUCGCUGUGCAGUGCGUGUUCUAAUCUUGUGGCUGACGCAGGCAUCGUAUAAUGUACCAGACAGUGUAAAUAACACUGGAUAUCCUGCGAAAUUCAAUUGUUUGCCGUAAAAAAGUCGCAAACACUUUCAAGGCCGUCAGAAGAAAUAAUUUUAUCAAUUCACAAGUGUUUCAGUGAAGUUUCAGAAUAAAUUCCGAGUGCUCCUAACCACUGCUGUCGAAUAACGUCGCUACCCCCUUUGUCACUUCCCUGAAUACACGCCACGACUUCCUAAAUAUCUCAAAUUUAUUUCUCUUUGAAAGAAAAAUAUAAUAAAUUCUUUAUAAAAUGACGAGUGUGCAGGCAAAAUUGCCGUUUCAAAUCCGCAAGAAAAUCUCCUUCUACAAGACAAAAGAGAAUUCUCAAGAAGAUUUCACCAACGCAACCCUGAGAAGCACCCCUACAACAAAGUACACCCCAACGGUUAAAAAAUUGAUGACCAUCAGCAGCAGUGAGUCCUCGGAUUCUGAAUCCGACGCUGAAAACAUCGAGACGAGACAAAAAAAUAAAACAGCCGGUAAGAAAAAAAUUGUAUCGACUCCAAGGAGAAGACGGGCGUCAGCCUCUUCGGAGGAGCAGGGUCUAACACCUCCGAAGCAGAAGAAGAUCUUGUCCCCGACGACCCCCUCGCACCUCCUGGACCGUCUGAACCUGGAGUCCACUGAGGAGGCAAGUCCUUCGAAACCCUCAGGGAAGGAUCACCUGACCCCCAAGAGACUUUUUCCCGUGUCCUCGAAGUAUCAAAAUGCCAGAAAGGCCCUCCACAGUUCAGCUCCUGAGAGUCUUCCUGGUCGAGAGAAGGAGCUCGCAGAACUCGAGGAAUUCAUCAAAGAUCACUUGAAAGAAAAUAAAUCAGGAUCACUCUACGUAUCUGGACCCCCUGGCACUGGAAAAACCGCGAGUCUGUCAAAGAUCAUGCUGAAGCCUGAGUUGAAGUCUGCCUUCAAGACUGUUUAUGUUAAUUGCACGACAAUGAAGUCGGCAGGGACAAUUUAUGGAAAGAUAAUUCAAGAGCUCGGAAUUGAUAUGCCAAAAUCUGGAAAGAAUAAUAAGGCUGUGAUCGAGAAGCAUUUGAUUUGUUCUCACAAAAUGAUUCUUCUAGUGCUCGAUGAGAUUGAUCAGCUGGAGAGCAAGAGACAGUCCGUUUUAUACUCGAUAUUCGAGUGGCCUUCGAUACCCAAGUCGAAGAUACUUCUGGUGGGUAUCGCCAAUGCCCUCGAUCUCACUGAUAGAAUCCUGCCAAGGCUGCAGGCCAGGUGUGAGCUCAAACCCAAACUCAUGCAUUUUGCACCUUACACCAAAGGGCAGAUUGUGGAGAUCAUAUCCGAGAGAUUGAAAGAGGCUGGGGUGGAGGAGAUUUUUACGGGGAUGGCUAUGCAAAUGCUCGCGGGAAAGGUCGCUGCAAUAUCUGGGGAUGUAAGGAGGGCAUUGGAUAUCAGCAGGAGAGUCGUUGAACUUGCUGAGUCGCAAAAAAGUCAAGUACUUCAGCCAGCUGUUGAUAAUCAAAAUAAUGGAGGAAGUCCCAAAAAAGUAAUGCCUGCUGUCGAAAAACCUGUUGAUUUGAAAGAAGUUGUUACUGUGUUGAAUGGAGUGUACGGUGGGUCUCAGAAUAUUGAAAAGGAGGAAGAUACUUUCCCACUCCAGCAGAAGCUCUUAUUAUGUUCACUGAUGUUGAUUCUUAAUAAAGGCCGCAAUAAGGACGUUACUGUCGGCAAGCUUCACGAAGUCUACAAGAAAGUAUGUAAAAAGCGGAAUAUUCUCGCAGUGGACAUUUCGGAAUUCGUUGGAGUCUGUUCCUUAAUCGAAACUCGUGGAAUCCUCCGUAUCACUGGGAAGAAGGAGCCUCGUCUUUGCAAAGUGAAUUUACAGUGGGACCAGGAGGAGUUCGGUGCAGCCCUCCAAGACAAGAAUAUGAUGGCAGAUAUUAUUAAUGACACUUCGUGCCUUUGAUUGAAAUUUGUGCAUAUUUAUUACGAUGACAUCUCCAUAUCGAGAAUAUGUGCCUUGAAACGUUAUGUUUGUGUGGUUUUUGACGAUUAGAAUUGAAUUGUUGACUAUUAUGACACUUAAACGUAAAUUAUUCAUUAAACAUGAUCUAGGAACUGAAUUAAUUUUUAAGAUAUCACAGAAGCCACAAAUAUCUCAAUCAUUGUGAAUUGCGUAAUUAAAUAUGAAU